AUGCAGGGUCUGAGUUCGCGGGCUCACGCCUUCUCCGUGGAGGCGCUGGUUGGGAAAAGCUGCAAACGGGUGAAAGUAGAAAGCGAAAAGGAUGAGCGACUGCAGGAUCACUCAACGCCCGAGAAGGAGCGUAGCUCGUCAGCAGGAACCAUGAUCGCCGAUGGGGAAAUGCAGGAAAGCGAGAGGCGGAGGAAGGCGUCCCUGCUUUUACGGAAGCCCGUGGACAGCGAACGCGAUCCGGAAUCGGAGAGAGAGGUGCGCAUGGAACUUCAAGGGUCGGACUUGUGGAACCGAUUCCACGAAAUUGGCACAGAAAUGAUAAUCACUAAAGCUGGCAGGAGAAUGUUUCCAUCGGUUCGGGUAAAAGUAAGACACUUGGAUCCGUUCAAACAAUAUUACAUCGCCAUGGACAUCAUGCCCGUGGACUCCAAGAGAUACAGGUACGUGUAUCACAGCUCCCAGUGGAUGGUGGCGGGAAACACUGAUCACUCGUGCAUAGCGCCUCGGCUAUAUGUUCACCCCGACUCGCCGUGCUCGGGGGAGACGUGGAUGCGUCAGGUCAUCAGCUUUGACCGUGUCAAACUCACCAACAAUGAGAUGGACGACAAAGGCCAUAUCAUCCUGCAGUCAAUGCAUAGGUACAAGCCACGCGUCCAUGUAAUUGAGCACGACCCCCGCUUGGACCUUGCUCAGAUCCCGUCUCUGCCGGCUGAAGGCGUGCAUACUUUUUCCUUCUCAGAAACCCAGUUUACCACAGUGACAGCGUACCAGAACCAACAGAUAACCAAACUGAAGAUUGACAGAAACCCUUUCGCCAAAGGUUUCAGAGACCCAGGGAGAAACAGGGGGGUUCUGGAUGGGAUCCUGGAGUCGUAUCCAUGGAGAAAUCCAAUCAGUCUGGACUUCAAGCCCUUUGCGCUGGAGCUGCAAGAUGGCAGUUCUGGGUCCCCGGGUGGCUGUGUGGGCCUCUCACCCCUGAAGAGCCUCCUGCCCCCGUCCACCUGCCCCACCUCCUCUGGCCCCUUUGCCCUGUCCUGCGCCUCCGACUCGGCUCUCCAUGGCCUCUCCGUCCCGUUCUGCUACAAGAUUUCCCCCGCCACCAGCCUCCUCGCUGCGCGUGCCUACAACUCCCAUGGUGCCGAGGGGUUGCGGGGAUACCAAGGGCUGCUGCGGCCCCUGGCUGCGGCUGACUUCCCCUUGCUGUCCGCCCUGCACAGCAAGAAGGUGGCCAGCUGCAGGGGCCAGUGUUUGCAGGGACCGCCCGGGGCAUCGUCAGCCUGCUUCCUCCACCUGCAGGGGCUGAGAGGGUCAGGGGUCAACUCAGUGCAUCAUGACCCCCUCCCAUCAACGCUCGCCUCGCCGUACAGCCUGUACGGCUGCGGUCUGCCCACGACGCCCCAGCUGUCUUCGCUGGCGCGGCAGCACGCCAAGCUGGCCAAUGGCGGAGGCGCUGCCGCCACCGCCGCAUCGUCGGCGACACAGACUGAGAGCCUCCUGCGCCAGGCAGCGUUGUGGCACCCGGCCAUCAACCACUGCCUCUGACAUCUGACCCGCGACGCUGCUGCCUGGGACGCUGUCAUGAGGUUGUCAUGGCUACCAAAGAACACAAACACCAGAGGACAGUUGAGUUUCAACAGCUUCUGGGAUGAAUACCUUCAUGAUUUUUUUGCCUUCUUUAUCAUAAUCAUCAUCAUCAUCAUCAUCAUCCCCAUGUUUGAGGGUCAGCCAGGGAGAGGUCGGCAGAAUGGACGUAUUAUGUGGACUGGCAGCGCAGUUAAUCGCACACACAUUGAAGCUGAAUAUGUCAAAAGUGGAGUAAUGUUUUUUGGCAUUGAGCUACGCAAUUGUACUCUCAAAGGGAAAGAAGAAAGUAUUCAGUGGUUUUGGACAUGCCACAGAGGGAUAGAGAUUGCGUGUGUGUGUGUGUGUGUGUGUGAGAGAGUGUGAGUGUGAGUGAGAGAGAGAAAGAGAGAGAAAGAGAGAGAGAGAGAGAGAGAGAGAGAGAGAAACAGAUAGAAAGAGAGAAUGAAAAAUGAAUGUUGUGAAGUGGAGUUGAGGGUGAGAAAGGUAGGAAAAAGGUAAGGAAGACAAAUGCUGAAUGGAGGAAUGUUUUUUUGGAUAUUGGCAAAAUCUCAGAGGUUUGUCAUUCACAGAUUGAGUUGCACAAAAAGACUUUUCCUGCCUUGAAGACUAUUUAAAUAUACUGUGUAUAUUUGAGACAAUGUUCAAUGUAUGAACUUCGGGUAAUUUGCAGAAUCACAAGGGGUCUUGGUGCUUCAAUUAAGGUUUAUAAACACAGGAUUCUUCAGAAGUCAUUUUUAAAACAUGCAUUAAGUAUGUGUAUAAUACUGGACACAAUGUAAGUGGACAGAUGCAUCAUCUAAGAACAGCUGGGUGUUUUGAUAAAUGUAUGAAUAUUUUAAAAAUCGGGUGUAUCAUUAUUGCAGCCAUUUCACACAAAUAAUGUUCUCUUUUGAUUUGUAAUGUAUCAAGACAAUACACAUUAAUCAUUCCAUACA